UGCCUGGGCAAGCGGAGGGCGGCACGCAGCCUGGAGCUGCUCGACCAGCGGAGGCAGUAGCAGAUCACGGCUCCGGCUCCGCGUUGUCCCGGCCGGGCGGCGGCAGGAGGAUGCCGAGUUCCGCGGCCACCCACAGCUGCGCCGCGCCCGCCUGCGCCGCCGCAGCGCCCCGGCCACGCGGACCAGGGGGCUGCGCCGGGUUCCGCUAGGGACGCGCCGGGAUGAGUAGCUCUUUUGUCAAACAUGCACUGGACACCCGAGCAUGCUCAGCCCCUGAACCAGUGGCCGGAGCAGCACCUUGAUGUCUCCUCCACCACCUCGUCACCUGCCCACAAGUCCGACCUCUACCACAGCAGCCGGCAGCGCUUCAACUACGCCUGGGCCAACGAUGACAUCUCUGCCCUGACCGCCUCCAACCUGCUGAAGAGGUAUGCCGAGAAGUACUCCGGAGUACUGGACUCCCCUUAUGACAGGCCGCCGGGGCUCAGCACCUACGGGGAUGGUGCCUUUGGGCCCCUCAACGGUCAGAAGGGAGAGAUGGAGCCUUGGCCGAUGUCGCACAGCUCGGAGGGGGCUUACCCUUUGACCCCCAUGCACGACGGAUUGCCUAGCUCCAAGGGGAUCAUCCCUCCGGCUGUGACCCCAGGGAACAGCCUCGGGACCUCCCCAGUGGUCUCCAGCAAUCUGUCGGACUCCAUUUACUCCAGUAACACAUGCGGAGGACCCCCCACUUCUGGCAGUCUCGGGCCAUCUCAGGAGUACCCUUCAGGCUACAGUGGGGCCUACCUGCCAUCGGGCUAUUGCAGCCAACCUGCCUCGGCGCUUCCGCCUCCACACCCGUCAACCUUGCAUAGCUCAGGCCUCCUUCAACCCAGCCACCCUUCCACGGCGCUCGUCCCCAGCUACAGCUCCUCAGGACCCAUGUACAAUUACGCCUCAGGCAGCUACCCACCCCAGCCUGGCUAUGGCACCAUUCACCCUCCCCACCCGUCAGCCUCAUAUUUGCCCUCGGGCAUUGCUGCCCCCACACCCAUCCCUCCCUCCUCUCGCCCCCCUGUCGUCCCUGGGUACAGCUACCAGAGCCCCCUCGCUGUGCCACCCCUCGGCGGUGAGUCGGGGAGCUCUCUGAAAAGGAAAGCCUUUGAUAUCGCCGGCGGCGAGGAUGACGGCGAAGGCCGGUAUCGCAAAUACAGCUAUGAGCAACCAAAGUCUCCGUAUCAGAUGUCCGACAGCGGUGAAUGUAGAGGAAAUGGGUUCAGCCGCAGCUCUGAGGUGCCUUUCAAAGGGGGGAAGAGGCCCGCAGGUGUGGCGGCCACCACCGUGGCUUCGGAGGAGCCCGUGGGGAAAUACAACAGCCAGCCCAUGAAAGGCCUGGUGUCUACAGCUUACAGUGUGGGAGAAGCCCCGCUGAGGCCUAGCGAGACCUUCGAGAAGUUCACCCCUCCGGCUGCCAACGGGGAACAUGGAGGGGAGUCCUUUGCCCUCAGGAUGCAGCCCAAGCCGCCACCGUUCAGCAGCGACAACAGCAGCCAGACUGUGGAGGAGCAGCUGAAAGCCAUGGACCCGUUUGUUCUGGAACUGGUGAACAACAAGAUAAUUGAUUGUGGUCCUCCAGUUCAGUGGACAGACAUUGCAGGGCAAGUCUCUGUCAAAGCUGCCAUCGAGGAAGAGCUGGUGUGGCCCAUCUUGAGGCCGGGUGCUUACACGGGGGCAAGCCGGCCACCCAAAACCAUCCUGCUCUUUGGACCGCGUGGUGUCGGGAAGACCCUGUUGAGCAGGUGCGUUUCCACCCAGCUGGGAUCCACCCUGAUGAAGCUCAGCGGGACAGCCUUGGUCUCCAAGUGGAAGGCAGAAGCCGAGAAGAUCCUGCAGGCCACGUUCUUCGUGUCCAACUGCCGGCAGCCGGCGGUCGUUCUCCUCACCGACGUGGAAUCCCUCCUGGAAGACGCCGCUGUCCUGAAGUCCCAGCUCCUUUCCUACCUGGAUAACCUUGCUACCUCAGGCGAGCAGAACGUCGUGGUCAUAGCAACCACCACCAGGCCUGGCAACCUGGACGAAGCCACCCAGAGGAGGUUUGCCAAGCGCUUCUACAUCUCCCCGCCAGACAGCGUUGCCAGGCGGCAGAUCCUGCACCAUGCUUUAGCCCAGCAAAACUACUGCCUCAGCGAGAGGGAGAUGGCCUCCAUUGUCCAACUCACCGAGAGCUAUUCCGGCAGCGAGCUCCUCCACCUCUGCCAGCAGGUUGCGUCCAGCAAGCUGCAGAGCCUGCCAGGGCAGCUCCAGCCCACCUCCUACAAGGAUUUCGAAAGCGUUUUCUGCAAAAUCCACCCUGCCGUCUCUCAGAAGGAGCUGGACUUGUACGUGGAAUGGGAUAAAAUGUAUGGGUCUCAGCAUUAGCGGAGAGAGGCCGGCUUCUUCUUUUUCGAC